CGGUAUCAAAUCGGAUCACAACUCCCUCUCUUUCCUCAGUUCGUUGCCAAACAAAUAUAUAAAUCAAAGCCUCCGUUUGGCGCUCCCCGCAACGCCACGUCAACUCUUCAUAUCCCCCCGGCCUCGAUCCGAUACACAGAGCUCAGAGCAGCCCCUUGGUGCGACCGUCCCACGAACCAAUCGCACCGCGCCACGUAACCCGGCACUCCGCUUCUUCCGGAAUCCGGACCAAUCCCGUCGCUCCAUAGUUUCCUCCGGGGAAGCGAUAGUAUUCUCGAACGAAUCUAGAUUCGGGAAGAAAACAAAUUCCUUCUGCUCGAAUACGACGGCCGAGCAAGCAUCCCCUCCCUCUCUCUCUUAUUCCCCUCUCCACAAAGCUGCUCUGCAUCACCACCGCAAUUCUCAUCCGUUCGCAUCUGUCGGCUCUCUUCCCGGACGUUUCUUGCUGUAGCUAGUAAAAAAAGAAAGCGGUUCCUCCCUCCCUCCACAGGGGACUGGAAAUGGUGGCACCUUGCAAGCCUGUGAAAAGCAGUCAUGGUCUGAAGCAUCGUCCCUUGACUUCUCUCAGGCUAGUAAGGGGGUUGAUAUGUUUAGUAGUUUACCUGUCGACCGCGUUCACGUUCUUGGUCUACUUUGGACCUGCAGCAGCAGUAUUGCCGAGGCUUGUUAGCGUACACGGUUCCAGAAAAGUAACGUCCUACUUGUUCUCUCUCUGGCUAGCAUUGUGGCCCUUCUUGUUUGAAAAGAUAAAUGGGACUAGAGUUGUGUUUUCUGGGGAUGUGGUGCCGGAUAAAGAGCGAGUCUUGGUACUAGCGAAUCAUAGGACCGAGGUCGAUUGGAUGUAUCUGUGGAAUCUGGCGUUGAGGAAAGGAUGCCUAGGGUGUAUAAAGUACGUGUUGAAGAGCAGUUUGAUGAAGCUGCCGAUAUUUGGGUGGGGGUUUCACAUCCUGGAGUUCAUAUCGGUGGAGAGGAAGUGGGAAGUUGAUGAGCAGGUGAUGAGAAAAAUGCUCUCGACUUUUGAGGAUCCUCGAGAUCCUUUGUGGCUUGCCCUUUUUCCUGAAGGAACAGAUUUCAAUGAAGAGAAAUGCCAGAAGAGUCAAAAAUAUGCCGCUGAAGUGGGGCUUCCUGUAUUGACAAACGUCCUUCUGCCUAAAACAAAGGGCUUCUAUGUUUGCUUGGAAGUUCUGCAGAACUCCUUGGACGCAGUUUACGAUUUGACUAUUGCAUACAAGCAUCAAUGUCCUACAUUUUUGGACAAUGCGUUCGGGGUGGAUCCUUCAGAAGUUCACAUUCAUGUUCGGCGUAUCCCAAUGAAGGAUAUCCCGACCACUGAAGACGAGGCUUCUGCCUGGUUAGUCGAUGCAUUCAAACUGAAGGAUCAGUUGCUUUCAGAUUUCAAAACGGAGGGACAUUUCCCUGGCGAAGGAACCGAAAAAGAACUUUCCACUUUGCAAUGCUUGGUGAAUUUUGCAGUAGUAAUAUCUUUGACUGCAAUGUUUACUUAUCUUACAUUCUUCCAGUCGAUUUGGUUCAAGGCUUAUGUAAGCCUAUCUUGUGCAUAUCUAGCUUCAGCUACUUAUUUGAAUUUUCGUCCAACCCCAGUCUUCGACUCUAUUCAAACAUUGUUUACUGCCAAAAGAAAGAAAUGAAAUGAUGAAUAUCAUAGGCAGAGCAACAAAGCUUGAAAGAUGUUUUUGUGAUCUGGGAAAAUGGGUCUUAAGUUUGGCCUUCUCGUGUUGAAUAUAAUCUAUUUUGGGAGAAAAGAAACACCUCUUGCUUGCAUUCAUUUCCAUACAUACUGGCCACUGUCGACUCUCAGACUGUUGAGAUUGUAAAGCAUGAUCCUUGUCAGAUUGACGACAUAUUGAACAAGAAUGAUAUGAGUCUGUGAUGGAUCCAAUCAUUGACGCAUCUCGUUCUCAAACUUGAUUAGUCCAAAUUUCUUUGUCAACUGUGUUUUUGCACAAAUCCAUAGCCAAUAUUGAUGCAGGAGGGUAGUGCAUCGGCGAGGAGCCAAACAUUGAGGCUUGAAGCACAGGACUAGCGAGGAAGGGAUGGUCUGAGCAUCUAAAUCUCCAUUCCUACAGAUAAGUAAAAUUUAUUAGCCGUUUCUUUGUGGGUUUGGAUUACUGCAAUCCGUGCAUGGAUGCAUUGCUAAAGUAGAAUGAUUAAAAUGUGUCUCCAUUUUGGUUAGCUGCUUCCCUAUUUCCAUUUUGGUACUUUUUGUCUCACUUUCUGAUGUCCUUCAAGUUGGGACUGAUGUCGACAAUGAGACAUGGAUAAGAGUUGGAACAGAUAAGGCAUUAAUUUGUAGUGUAGCCUUUUCAGGUGUUAGAAAGUAAGGGAAAAUUUGAUGGGAGGUGAAAGUAGCUAGUUAGGUCUUAGGUGGCUCUCUUUGAAUUGAGGGUAUAGAGUAUAGACUAUAGACAAUCAAAGCCAAAUACCCAAGUACUCAAAUUGUCGGUGCCUUUUCAGUUUGCUAAAAGAUUGGAGGCAUGCAGCUCGAAACAGUUUGUUUCCUUUUUCUUUUCUCGACCUUUUCUAUCUCUGGCUUUUUGCCUGUAUUAGGUUUGCAGAAUCCCCGUCUUUUUGUCCUGCUUAGGUAAUGUCUAGAAAUGAAAAUGCAGCUUCCAUUUCUGGCUUUUUUUGCUCUGUACCCUUGUUAUUCACAGAUGCUUCUUCUCUCC